AUGGAUGCUGACGUUCCUGCUAUUCCUGUGGUAGAAGUUGUGCCUCCACGAUUUGACGUAGAGACGGAAAGGCACCUGCUGUCUGACUACCUGGAAGAGCAUGGAUAUGCAGUUGUGGCCAAUGUUGCUGAUGAUGCAGAGUUAGCGACAGCUCGAUCCUUGAUGUGGGAUUUCCUCGAGGCCUUGCCGCGCACACGGGUACGGCGUGACGAUGUGCGGACGUGGGAUGAUAAGUAUGACUGGAUCCCGAAUCCUGCCAACGGGAUCGUGCACGGUUUCGGAUUUGGCCAGUCUGACUUCAUGUGGCAUUUGCGACUGCUUCCACGUGUCAAGGCGGCUUUCGCGACAAUUUGGAGCACCGACGAUCUGCUGGUGUCCUUUGAUGGUGGAAAUAUUUUUCGGCCGUGGAAAUACAAAAGGUCAUGGCUGACAUCAGGAGGCUGGUAUCACUGCGACCAGAAUGCACGGUUCAAGGACGAUUGGGUUGACCACACACCUCCACAAGAAGGUUGGCAACCCAUUCGCCAGGUGGGUUAUGUUUGUAUGACGCCGCGCAAGUUUGCAUCAGCCGAUGUGAUCGAAAAAAGGAAGGAUGCUUUCGUUAACAACGGUAGCACGAGUCACUGGCCCCACAAGUUUGUGUCUGGGGGACCUGCGUUGCCAACCACACCGCAAAAAGACCCAGAGACGAUCUCCAAGGAGCAGCGGUUGCUGAUCGGCUACGAUAGAGACACUUCUCGAUGUGUUGUACAGUGA